AUGGACCCAACUAAUGAUCCAAAUUUCACUCCACCAUCUUUAAAAAAAGAAAUUGAACCAACUGCACCACUGGAAACAAUUCCUCAAAAUAUUCCAAUUCAACCAUUUGUAAUGGAAGAUUUAGGUGAAGCAUUAGAUGGUCCUGCACCUCAUCCUGCUUCUUCAACUUCAUUAAAUAAUUCAACAAGACCAAAUCCUUUAACUAAUAAAUCAUUUGAUAAUUUAAAUAAUAUUGAAGAUAGAUAUCAUUCUAAAAUUCCAAGAAAACAUACAGAAUUAAUGAAUUCUUCUUCUGAUGAUGAAGAAAUUAUAGAAAUUAAUAAUAAUUUACCACCUCAAAUAAAUAAUAUAGAAAAAGAAAUUUUACCACCUUCAAUACAAGUUAAAUCUUCACAAAUUGCAGACUUAGAAGAAGUUCCUCAUGGUAUUCAAAGACAAGCAACUAAAUUAAAAGAUUAUCAUUUCCCUACUCAUAGAUUAGCUACUACAUUAUCUGAUGAAUCUAAAUCUCCGCUUGUGAUUGUAGCAUGUGGUUCAUUCUCACCAAUAACUUAUUUACAUUUAAGAAUGUUUGAAAUGGCUUUAGAUUCAGUAAUGGAACAAACAAGAUUUGAAGUUGUUGGAGGAUAUUAUAGUCCAGUAUCAUCAAAUUAUAAAAAACAAGGAUUAGCUUCAGCUCAUCAUAGAGUUAGAAUGUGUGAAUUAGCUUGUGAAAGAACUUCUUCUUGGUUAAUGGUUGAUGCAUGGGAAUCAUUACAACCAAAAUAUACAAGAACUGCUUUAGUUUUAGAUCAUUUUAAUGAAGAAAUAAAUAUUAAAAGAGGUGGUAUAAUGACUAAACUGGGUCAAAGAAGAGGAGUUAAAAUUAUGUUAUUAGCAGGUGGUGAUUUAAUUGAAUCAAUGGGAGAACCUGAUGUUUGGGCAGAUCAAGAUUUACAUCAUAUACUAGGAAAAUAUGGUUGUUUAAUUGUUGAAAGAACUGGAUCAGAUGUUCGAUCUUUCUUGUUAAGUCAUGAUAUAAUGUAUGAACAUAGAAAAAAUAUUUUAGUUAUAAAACAAUUGAUAUAUAAUGAUAUUUCAUCAACUAAAAUACGAUUGUUUAUAAGAAGAGGAAUGUCUGUACAAUAUUUAUUACCAAAUUCUGUUAUUAGAUAUAUUCAACAACAUAAUUUAUAUGGUGAUAGUGAGCCUGUUAAACAAGUAAUGUCAGAAAGAGCUGAUUAA